ACUGGCAGAGACUCGUGGGUAGAGGAGGCCGUAGCUCGGCGGGGGGCGCCCUAGAGGCCGCCCAGGCGUCUUCCUCCGUGAAGUGAAAGCCCUCCGGGUCUGGGCAGAGUCAGGCCGGCUUCGGCUGCCCGGCUAGCCUGAGGCUCCGACCCUGUCCUGAGGGUUGUGGGGGCUCCGCGCCUGGAGCCGGAGCCGGGGCUCGGCGCCGGGGUGCGGCCCGAUUUGUUGUAACCUGGUUGCCUGACAACAGGAGAUGCCGCGGCUCUUGGCUGCGCCCUGCGGCCGCUACUGACCGAGGGGCCCGCAGACCAAGCCUUGUCCGCCCCUCCCGGGCUGAGCGCCGCCCGCCUCGGGGGGCCUCCUCCGGGACUCCUCCCUGGGGCUUCGAGCUGGCUCCGCUUUGUGUCUGAUGGAGAGCCGGGCGACAGCUUCGUGACGAGGGAUGGCCUGGGAAAGGCGCCCCGCCGAAUCUGAAGAAUGGCUGAUAAUUUAGAUCAGUUUAUUGAAGAUCAAAAGGCUAAACUGACAAAAGACAAAGCUGAGUUGGAAAAAGACCCUCCUUAUAUGGACAUAAAGAGCAAUGCUGUAGAAAAGCUUUCAGAAAAUAGCAAAAUAUUAAUCUCCAUGGCCAAAGAAAACAUACCACCAAAUUGUCAAGAGAACAAAGGCUCUUUAGGGAUUAACUAUGGAUUGAGUUUACCUCUUGGUGAAGACUAUGAAAGGAAGAAACAUAAGCUAAAGGAAGAACUUCGGCAAGAUUACAGACGGUAUCUUACUCAGAAAAAUUUUGUGGCUACGAGUGAAACAGAUCCAUCUAAUCUGGGAGUAUCUCUUCCUAUUGGUGAGAGGUUAUCUGCCAAGGAGAGAUUGAAACUUGAAAGAAAUAAAGAGUACAAUCAGUUUCUCAGGGACAAGGAAGAAUGGAAGGAAAAGUUCAGAGAAGUGGAGAAGAAAGAUCCAGAGCCAUCAAACAAAAAUCCAGAAGGCCCCGGAAAGGACGUUUCAUUGCUUCCAGAGACCUACGAAGAGCUUUUAACUCAGAGACGAUUGGAGGAGGACAGAUAUCGAAGACUGGAUGAUGAAAUUGAGUUAAGGGAUGCAAAACCGCAUAAAAAAUCUAAUGAAGCAGACAUUUCUGAUAGAAAACACCACGAGAUUGCCGACAAAGUUGAUGUGCUUGGUAGAAGAUACCAUAGGUUUAAAGAAGAUAAAAAUUUUGACAAACAAUAUUGUAGACCAAACUGUGGUCCUGAAGGAAGUGAAGAAAUGGACCCAACCUUUAGAUAUGAAAGUGAUUUUGAUAGAAGACCGUUGAGGGUGUUUACAACGGACAGGAUGUACAGAAACAGACAAGAGAGAGUUCCUCCUAUGGAAUAUGAGGAAGAUUUUCCAGAAAAAUCAAACAUACGUGUUUCAUCGGCUGGAAAUAACAGUGUGCGUAAUAGCCAUCUUGCUGAUGAACGAUCAAAGUCUGCCAGUGUUAAAACUGAGAGUCCUUUUGCAGGGAUGAUUUUUGCAAGUCAAGAUCGAGAUACUAUCCGGAGAAGGAAAGAAAAGUAUAGACAAGAACUGUUGGAACAAAUAGCUCAGCAGCAGAAGAAUAAGAGAAGAGAAAAAGAACUAGAACUCAGUGUUGCAGCUACUGGAGAAAUUGACCCUGAGAAAUCGCAGAAUGGAUUACUAACGUCAUUGCAGCUAAGUAAAAAGGAGCCUGAUAGAUUAAAGCAGUUAGGUAUGAGCCCGAGAUGCUAUGAAAAGAAGUUUUCACUUUUUGAAGAGAAGAUUCCGCCGGAAAGGCCCAAAGUAGCUUUCCAGACACCUCUUCCCACCUUAUCUGACCUGCCUAGGCCAUCUUUAAGUGAAGACUUUAACCAAGGGAUCAACACUACCCUUGGUGAAAUGAUGUCAUCCAGGUGCUUGUUUAUAAUGUUUUUCUUUUUAGGAAUUAGGAUUACCUCACUACCUCCACCCCUAGCCCCUCCACCUGCAUCAUCUUUGCUCAACUAUCGAACUCCUUAUGAUGAAGCAUACUAUUUUUAUGGGGCCAGGAAUCCUUUGGAUCCCAGUCUUGUAUAUUAUAACCCAGGAAUGAUGGGAAUACCUCCACCAACCUUUGCUAGUGGCCCUGAUGCUUGUGAACCAGUGGGACCCAUUAUGAACAAAAAUAUUUUGAAUGAACUGAGCACUGUGAGUGAUAGGACAAGAACAGGAGGACUCAUUUUUGAAGAUAAACCAAGGCUUACCAAGGAAUCAGUUCAAUCUUAUCAAUAUGAUUUGCAGCAACAGAUACGGGAAAGAGAAGCAAGACGGAGGAAAGAGCGAGAGGAAAAAGAAGAAUAUGAAGCUAAACUUGAAGCUGAAAUGAGAAGUUACAAUCCCUGGGGAAAAGGUGGAGGGGGUGCUCCACUCAGAGAUGCCAGAGGAAACCUGAUAACUGAUUUGAAUAGGAUGCACAGACAAAAUAUAGAUGCGUACCAUAACCCAGAUGCAAGAGCACAUGAAGAUAAAAGGGCUGUUGUCUCUCUAGACCAAAAUUUAGCCACUGCAAAUGCUGAGAACCCAGAAGAUCCUGCAAAUACAAAUUCAGGUCAGAUAGGUACACAGAGCUCUCCUUUUGCCCGGGGAAACAUUUUUGGUGAGCCGCUAACUGAGCUUCAGAUUAAACAGCAAGAAGCUUACAAGAAUUAUCUUCGUUUUCAGAUUGAAGAAAAAAAACAAAGGGAGGAAGCAGAGAGAGAGAGGCAGAGAUGUGAAGAAGAGAAAGAAGAAAAACGUUUAGCAGAACAGAGGGCCAGAAUUCAACAAGAAUAUGAAGAAGAACAAGAAAAGAAAAGGGAGAAAGAGGAGGAGCAAAGACUAAAAAAUGAAGAGUUGAUACGGUUAGCUGAAGAAAGAAGAAAAGAGGCAGAAAGAAAGAAGAAAGAAGAGGAAAAAAAACAUGAUUUACAACUUCAACACUAUUAUGAACGAAAAAAACCAGUUGAAGAACAGACAACAAAGAAAUCCAGAUCACCUUCUCCUGCAGUUCCUGCUGUUCAGAACAGAAUCAAAGGCAAAGUCGAUAGACCUCCUUCAGUUGCAUCUACCGUGAUUCAUGAUCGCCCACGGUCCAGAGUGCAGUCUCCUCCGGUACCUGCUAGGAAAAACCAGCUUCGUGCAGAUGAGGAGAAAAAAAAUGUAAUUAAUGAAUUAUCAGAAAUGAGGAAACAGCUUCGCAGUGAAGAACGGCGUCUUCAAGGAAAAUUGCUGCAGGUGGAUGGUGAUGAUGAAAGAAGCACCAGGAAAAGGGAAAAGUAUCCCAUGGAUAUAUUUGAUAUGGCCAGGUUUCGCUUGCAAGCUCCAGUCAGAAGACCUUCUUCCAAAGGUCUAGAUCCUACUGCUCAGAAUAUUCGUGACUUUAAUUUUCUUAAAGACAUGGAUUCAGAAACACGAGUUGAUUUGAGAUAUAUGUACCCUGAGUCUCCAAAAGAUGAUCAAACCUUGGAGAUUCAGCAGCAGGCAUUGCUGAGAGAGCAGCAGAAGAGACUGAAUAGACUUCGAAUGAGAGAAAAUGCAGAAAUUGACCUUGAUGCAAGUGCUGGCAUUAACUUACAAGAUACUGGAAUGCCUAGGAAUGAAACUAGGGAUUUCCUGAAAAAUUCUCUUUUGGAAUCUGAGAGUGCUUUUAUUGGGACAAAUGGAGAGAGGUAUUCUCCCUUAGAAGAUGAUGUGUUACCUUCACAGAGAUUACUGUCUGCAAGGGAACGGAGAAGGAACCAGAUUAAAGACCUUGAAUCUGUUGAUAAUUUUCAUCCUACUGUGCAACCUGAUGGUUUCUCCUUAAAGUCAGUAUCCAGUAUAAAUGUUGACCAGCUUAGAAUUAGAAAUGAAGAACGGAUGCGAAGACUAAAUGAGCUUCAAAAAAAACCUAUUGAUACAGAUGAUGAAGUUUCUCUGGUUGAUCCAGAUGACAUUCUUAAGCACUUUACGUCCCAGGGUGGUGAAAGAAGACCCAGUUCCGUAGAAACUGUAGCCACAGAGCCUUGGCUUCGACCGGGAACAUCAGAGACUCUGAAAAGGUUCGUGGUUGAGCAGUUGAACAGAGAGCAGCGUUCCUCUGAAAAUCCAUUACCUUUUAACUGGCAGGGCCUUUCUACAGCACAUGGUUAAAAAUAAAUCUAGACUGGAACCAGUUGUGCCUUUCAAGGUAAAAGGAAUGUUAAUCUACUGAACUUUUUGUAUUGUGGGCCUUAUUCCCCACCCCUAAAAUCCCCCCUCAUGUGGAUGGACAAUUUUUAACCUGUAAAAUACCAUACUAAAUGUGUACAUAUGUAUUUUUUCCAUUUUUUUUGUUGCUUUCAUGUGUUCCAUGAAAUUGUACAGGAUGUUAUGUUUUUUUUUAAAGCCACCAUUACUGUUAGUUAUAUAAUGCAUAAAGUAUGGAAUUAUUUUCUACACAUUUUGCCAUAAAUUAUAGUAGUAAUGAAAAGUUCUUGUAACUGACUACCAUAUGUGCAUUAUCUUUAUUCUGCCUGUUACUAGGAUGAAGUGAAUAAAAUUUUAAAGUGUCUUAAUACAUGUAAAACUUGAAGACCCUUUGGUCGUGUGUCUAUAAAUGCACAACUUUGCUAGUGUCAUCAAUAUUCAAAAUCAUCUUUUAGCAAAUAUUCCAGCAUGCUGUGGUAGCUUUGAACAUUCCCCUUACCAGCUACUAUUAUUUAAAUAUGGAAGCAAAGAUGCUUUUUAGUUCUGCAUCAUUUUAUAGCUGCUGACUCAUUUUGUAAGUAAAUGAUGGGGGCCAUAAUUGAUUUUGAUUUUAUUCCAAUCAGUUGUGUACUAAAAUGAGAAUUACAUCUUUUUUUUUCUGCCUCUGUUGUAUUUUUGGUGCCAGUGAAGGCAUUGUCUUAAGUUAAUGUCUAAUUUAUGGUAUGAUUUAACUACUUGUUAAUGGAAAUAAAGUUUUAUUUUAUUAUCA